UACGAUCUUUGAGCUUGCGUCUGCGGAGUUCACUUCCUGUUGUGUGUCUCGUGUGCGUGAGCGUGUCGGUGUGAAUCCAUCCUGGCGUCUUGAAGGAGCAGCCAUGGUGUCAGGCCUGUCCGUUUUUUUCCUUUUGGCUUUACUCUGUGCCACCUUGACCACUUGUGUGUCGUUGGGCGAUAAUGACUGUCUGCCCUACACGGACGCGGGCGGGAUGUAUCACCACUCUGAGCGAUGUCUUGAAAAAUUCUGCUGUGGUAGCUGCACCGCCAAACACUGCUGCAAUAUGAAUUAUUUCCGCUUUACGAAGGAAAGCCAAGAAGAUUGUGUAUACGAUAUGUUCGUGGGAACGACGCCAGUGUUGGGUUCCGUGAUUGGUACCAUCGUCCUUGUGGUGGUGGUCCUCAUCAGCUGCUGCGUGUGUCCCUGUUGCUGUCUGUACAAGAUGUGCCGCAAGCCGAGACCGGUAAUUGCAACCACCACUCACACCACCGUGGUCUCCACCAACCCCCAACAUUACCCCCAGCAACCAACAAUGUCGCUUGGGCAACCACAGCCCUACCAGGGUGCCCCCUAUCCAGCCUACCAGCCUGUACCAGUGCAGUCGGGAUACGGAGCCCAGCCCGUGCCGCCUCAGGGAUACCCGCCGCAGUCCAUGCCCACUCUGCCCCACCCGGGACAGCCUUUCACACACGGACCACCGCCAACGUAUCAGGAAGCUACCGGCCCGGCGUACCCUCCUAACCCAACGCCUUACAGCCAGGCCGCUUUUACACCCGGCCAGUCGUCUUACCCUCUGCAGCCCCCCGUGCAGCCUCCCAUGCAGCCACUGGCCAACGCUCCAGCAGCCCAAGUAGACUACCUGGCUCAGCCGGCGUAUAACCCCGAUUAUGUCUCGCCUCCACCCAAGAUGGGAUAACAGUCGCUUCAAAUGUGCAGCAGCAUCGUCAAAGAAUUUUACACUUUAUUUUACCGUGCCACAUCCACGUAGGCCAUUUCUAUAUACACAGAUGCACAAAAGGACGGUGCAUGGCUUUUUUUUGGGAAGAGAUGUUUGCCUUGCAGUUCUCAGGAAGCAUGCCCUAAUUUCCUCUUCUUUUCCAUGUGCCUCCUCUAAAUUGUUACGGAGUGAGCUACUGCAACUCGAAAUAUCUUGACGGUCUUCAUCAACAUGUUUGAAUAUUUCAAUGUUAUAAUUGGACACGUGUUGUCAUUGUGUUCUCAUGUGCUAGUGUUGUUACUGCCGUUGAGCCUCAUUUAGGCUCUCACCCCUCUCAUCAUCACCUGCAACUGUCAUUUGCCAGCGCUAUUACACUGUGGAACCAGCGAUAAAGUUGUCCUUUUUUUCGUGUGAUUGUUACAAUAGAUUUUUGUGUCAGUCGGCAUGUGGCCUUGGUUGGCAUGCUGGGGUUUUUCAAAGUGUGGGACAGUGAGACUUUUUGAGACCCUUUACACAAAAUGAACCAGCUGAGGUCUCUAUACUCCCCAAACCGCUUAAAAUGUAUUUUAUUGGUGCUGUAGUUGUUUGUUUUGCAUUGUGGUUGUGUCUGUUUAUGGAUAUCAUUUAAAAAAUAUAGUUAGAAAUGCUUUGUGACACCAAACCAGAUGCUAUUUACAAGCUUAACCUAUAAAAACAUCUAAAGUCAGAAUAAUUCUGCAACAAAAAAUAUGUUAGGAGGAAUGCGUGAAAUUUUAAAGUCAGAGCCCUUUUGCAUAUAUAUUACGCUGAGAUUCUAAUCGCUACAUUAAGUCGUUAUGGUUCAAAACAGUAUUGUGUCAAAUGUUACGUUUCACACCUCACACGGGAAUUAUGUUGUUCACCUUAACAUUAUAUCCUUUUGGUAUCUCUGUUUCUCUCCCUUCCAAUCUUAGACAAAAAAAGAAAAGUUCCUUUCUCUCGGCCUUUAACAUAGCCAUGGGUAUCUUAUUAUUUUCCCAAGUUGGUGCACAUGCCCGUGCAGUCCAAUGGUGUGUCUCACACUUUGAAAACCGCUGCACUUGACCAAAAGACUUGUCUCUUGGAAAAGUAGUUUAGUUGAUUGUAAAAAAGAUUUUUUUUUUUGUAUGAGAAUAGAGGGAAAUAUUCGUCGUGGAGUGAGGAUCUCCCAGGAUAAAGGGAAUGUUCACUAUUUUUUCAAGAUGGCUACUGGAUUUUGACUCAAUUUUGUGUUUAUGUGCCCAAUAGGCUUUUUUUUGUGUGUGCAAAUUUAGGAUCUUUUAAUUGUUCCAAGUGGAUGCAAAUGUACCUGCAAUGCAUUGGUCGCAAAAUAACCAAAGUGUGAUUUCUUUUUCCUUGGUUUACUAAUGCUAGCAACAGCCGUGCCUUCUACUUAAUCACGUAACAUUAAAAACAACAUGAAGAUGAUGGAUUUAUAUUUAGCUAAUUGAAUCUUGUCACAGUGCCGUGUGUCUCCUGCGGGGUGUGACAAGAAAGAAGCAAGACGAAAGCAGUUCAUCCAUACUCAAACCUGUCCUCUUUGUUGUCACAUUGUGUUUCACGUUUCAAAAUCUAUAUUUUCUUAAAAUAAGCUAUACUACUAACAGUCAGGAAUAAGUACAUUUUUCCUGCGCUCUGCACCAAAUUGCCUCGUUCAUUUCCUUACUUGAAAAUACUUUUGCUCAAGUGACCUUCUCGCGCAAACCCAGCAAUGUUUGUUAGAAUUCGACAUAACACACAUUGCAGAGCUUUUGUAACUUCCUCCUUUUUAUUUAGAUUUUAGUAGACAUAGCCUAUCAUGUCACAGGCAUUUGCCUGGGAUGCGUACAGAUUGCUUGAAUUUCUUCCUGUCAAAUGUGACCACAUGCUAGCUCAAGAAAUUAGAAAUCUCCUUUAUUCGCUUGCCAUGUUUUAUGUGGAGAUCUUUUAAAUGUCUGCAAGCAGCAAUUUGCCUUCAUAAAUACAGUAUGUAUCCUACCUUUCA